AUUUGAGAGCGUGUGACCUUGCAGUAGAGUAAGGUUUUCUAAAACCAUGUGGAAAAAUACAGCAAUAGAAAUUGUGCCUCGAGGUUCCUGAGGUCUCCAGCUUCAGCAAUGAAAUACGCAGUUAAAUUAAUGGUGCUGCCAACGUUGUCAAAAUAUUGUUUUGUUGAAUAAUUUUGAGCACAACCAGCUGGCUGCUCACCCUGUGUGACCUCUGGGAAGGCUUGUUAAGAGCACUAUGGGGAACACAAGCAGUGAGAGGGCGGGCAUGGGCCAGGAAAAGUCCCACAGAAGGGACAGUCGAGGAACAAAGGAAGGAGACCGUCCUAAAAUCCUGAUGGACAGCCCAGAAGAUGCAGAUAUUUUUCAUGGGGAGGACAUCAAAGCACCAUUAGAAAAAGAGGAAUUUAUUGACUGGAGACCAGACCUGGAGACCAGUGAAAAGGUCCUCACUUUAGAUCGACCCACUGUGUUUCGGUGGACAGGAGCUGGAAAAGAAGUCUAUAUUUCUGGCUCUUUUAAUAAUUGGACCAAUAAGAUUCCUUUGAUUAGGAGUCAAAACAACUUUGUGGCAAUUGUAGAUUUGCCUGAGGGUGAACACCAGUAUAAAUUCUUCGUGGAUGGACAGUGGACACAUGACCCAACAGAGCCUGUGGUGACCAACCAGCUCGGCACGGUCAACAAUAUCAUCCAGGUGAAGAAGACAGACUUUGAGGUGUUUGAUGCACUCAUGGUGGAUUCACAGAAAUGCUCUGACAUGUCAGAUCUGUCCAGCUCUCCUCCUGGGCCGUACCAUCAGGACUCUUAUGUCCCCAAACAGGAAGAGAAAUUCAAAUCUCCCCCCAUCCUGCCCCCUCAUCUCCUACAGGUCAUCCUCAAUAAGGACACAGGCAUCUCAUGUGAUCCAGCUUUGCUCCCUGAGCCCAAUCACGUCAUGCUUAAUCACCUGUAUGCUCUGUCCAUUAAGGAUGGCGUAAUGGUUCUGAGUGCCACCCACCGGUAUAAGAAGAAAUAUGUCACAACCCUGCUGUACAAGCCAAUCUGAGAAACAUGGCCAUUUCAAACACUCAGUUUAUAUGACCUCUGAUAUAUCUUACAUAGUAUGUAUUAUUGUAAAUAGGGAUGCACAGAGAUGCACUUUAGAGAAAAAUCCCACCUUAUUGGGUAUAGACUAACCAGAAACAUAGAAAUAGCUUAGAGGUACAGGACAUAUCUGUACUUUUACUUUUACACUUUUAAAAACCAUUACUCGGUGGAACUGGGCCAAAUUGACUGAAUCUAAACCAGUAUAUGGACAAGAAGAGGUGAUUUUGAAUGUGAAAAUGAGUGUAAAUAGAGCUUGACAUGUUUAUUAUUUUGUUUAGUUCAGUGUUUAAAAAUUAUAUAGUUGUGUAGAUAAAUAUGAAUAUAUUAUUAGGAAGCAUAUUGAUUAUCAGCCAGAAAAGGCCCUGUUAUCAGCAGUUUGCGUUGGAGACCCAAAUCUAGAAAAACUGCAGGGUUUGAGAAAAUGUUUCACUCAAGAAACUAAAUCCAUUUUUUUCAAUUUCAUGAAAAAGUUGAUCUUUUAAAUCCAUCUUUUAAUCUUCUACAUUUUUAUUAGAACAGAACAAAAUAAAUAUUGCAAAUAUAUUGAUUUAACUUUUAAUCUGUCUUAUGUUCUUUGAAAUUAUCAUAUUUAAUAAAUGAUUCCACCAA